UUAAGUCUUAUUUAUAGCUAAUUAGUGCAAAUAAAACCCAAGAUCCAAAAAAAUAUUUGCAAUUUCCUGCACCUUUUAUACGGGUAUAUACAUUUGUAUAUAUCUCUCGGUUGCAAGAAUGCUUGUCACCUACUCAUAGUUCCCAACUUCCCACUCUCUCUUUCUCUCUCCCCCUCUCCCUCUCAAGAACUCUCUCAAACAAAGGAGAGAGAAGUCAUAAACAGAAGGCUCUCACGAGCCAUUCUAAUGGACAAACAUAGGUGUAAGCUCUGUUUCAAGAGAUUUGCCAAUGGCAGAGCUAUGGGUGGACAUAUGAGAUCUCACAUGGUGAAUCAUCAGUUUGUUCCACCAAAAUCAGAACCACAACUUCAACUACAACAACAUCAUCAUCAUCAACAGCAACUACCCAACAAAGAUAUUCAACUCAGCGAAGAGUUCGACUCGGCUUCGUCUUUUUCAUCGGAAGAGGAAGAAGAAAACGAAGAGAAACUGCUGGGUUACGAAUUGAGGGAAAAUCCGAAGAAGAGCAUCCGUUUGGUAGAUCGCGAGUUCUCUUUUACCACUGCUGGGUCUGCUGUGGUCCUCAUCCAGGACAGGGAGAGCGAGACAGAGUCCUCGAAAAAUCCGGUUCGCCGGCGUUCCAAACGGAUUCGGAGAUCAGGAAUUUCCAAAAACUACGACCACAACAACCAAUUUCAUAACCCGAAACAACCCCAGAUGAAGAGACCCAAAUCGGGAAAGACCGAGUCGGAGCCGGAACCGGUGAGCUCGAUAUCGAACACGACCCCGGACGAAGACGUUGCUUAUUGCUUGAUGAUGCUGUCGAGGGAUGCGUGGAUGAGAGACAAAGACGACGACGAGGAGCCAGAGGAAACACAGGAAAAAACAGAGGACUCUGGCGAGCUUAAUAAUAACAAUAAGCCGAUCAAGAUUCGAUCAAGAAGCAGAGGAAAAUACAAAUGCGAGACUUGUUUUAAGCUGUUUCGAUCUUAUCAAGCGCUCGGUGGGCACAGGGCGAGUCACAAAAAGAUUAGAGCUGUCGACAACGGCUUCCAGAGAAUCCAAACCGAUGAACGAUCCGAGAUUGAAAAGAGGAUCAAUGUUGGGGUUGAUGAGGAGAAAAUCCAUGAGUGUCCUGUUUGUUACAGAGUUUUCGCGUCCGGGCAAGCAUUAGGCGGGCACAAGAGAUCACAUGGUAUUGGGCCGGCAUUUGGUAGUAGUACUAGUACGACUGCUACUCCCGUGAAGCCAAAGUUGAAAUCUGGUGAACCCUUGAUAGAUCUUAAUCUUCCUGCUCCAGUUGAUGAUGAUGAUGAUGAUGAUUAUGAAGAUGAGAUUAGCCAAAUUGAUAACUCGGCGGUUUCUGAUGCUGAAUUUGUCAACCCCAUCAAGCAUUGAAUGAGUUGAGUUGAACAGUUUCAAGAAAUUUAUGGAUCCGGAGGUAAAUUUUGUUUAGCUAAUUUUUCAGGUCCAUGAGUCUUUUAAAGUGCAUCAUUAUGUUGUUGUUUUUUUUUGUUGCCAAUUGGGUCUAAUGGGGCUUUUGGGUAUGCAUCUUGAUAUUGAAUUCGCAAUCUUUUGACUGUAAUUGAUAUGUUUCCAAUUGAACAAUGUUAUGUGAAUGGAACAGCUGAUUUAAGAA